AUGUCGUCCUCCGAUCUCCCAGACCACCGCAUCAGCUUUGGCCCCGAUGCCAACUGCACGCUCUCAACAUGUCCCGUUGAAGCCAGCGUCUACCAGUACCGUCCAUCGCUGCCCGCAAACUCCGUCUUGCUCGCCCUCUUCGCCCUCGCCCUCGCAGUCCACGCCGUGCUCGGCAUCCGCCGCCGAACCUGGGGCUUCAUGGCCUUCAUGAUGGUCGGGUGCCUCGUCGAGAUUGUCGGGUACGCGGCCCGCAUCCUCCUGUACAAGAACCCGUUCGACUUCAUCGCCUUCCUCAUCCAAAUCAUCUUCAUCACCACGGGGCCCGUCUUCUACACGGCCGCCAUCUACGUGACGCUGUCCAAGACCAUCAACUACCUCGCGCCGCAGCUCUCUCGGUUCAACCCCAAGUUCUUCUACUGGAUCUUCAUCCCCGCCGACCUGGUAUGCCUCGCGCUGCAGGCCGCGGGCGGCGCGCUGUCCACUCAGACCAAGGGGUCCAGCGAUACGGGAGUCAACAUUACAAUGGCGGGCUUGGUGCUGCAAGUCGUUGUGAUUUUCGUCUUUGUCGUCGCCUUUGCAGACUACAUGGUGCGGUAUACUCGGCAUCCCGGCACGCAGGCCCUGACGCCGAGAGUGCGGCUAUUCCUAUCCUUUCUAGGACUGGCAGUCGUCCUGAUUCUGGGCCGGUCCGUCUACCGAGCGUACGAGUUAAGCAAGGGCUACCGGGGCUCGGAUCUCAUUACGGACGAGGGGUUGUUUAUUGGUCUUGAGGGAGUGCUGAUUAUUAUAGCCGCAUUCGCGUUGUGUGUUGGGCAUCCAGGGCUGUUGUUCAGCCCCAAGGAGAAUGUUGCUCGAUCGAGUUCUGCAUCAGAUGUUGAAAAGUAA